CUAGUGCGAGAGAGUGGGUGUCUAGCCAGGUUCAUCACUCGACAGAGGACAGUCCAAUGCCUCCUCUUGGUGAUGACGGGUCCAGCCUGGGGUACACAGGGGUGCAGUGGUUCAACACUGCAGUGGACGUGUCAAUUGUGUUCUCCUCUGCGACGAUCGUGACGUUGAUGGCUGCGUCGUACGUCGUAAGAGGUCGCCUCAGUCAGCUGGUGAAGAGCACCCUGGUGAGGGGCUGCUUGCUGGAGCUGGUCGCAGCAGCAGAGAUGUGUGGCACCUCGGUUCAGCUCUCUCAGGUGGCAACAAGCUGUGGAAUGCUGGCAUAUAGUGUCUACCUGUUCCUGAUCAUACUCUGUCGGGGGAGGAGCUGGGGCAAGACUGUUACUGCUUGUCCCUACAGUCUCCUGGAGGAGUACGUGGAAGUUGGUGCUAAUCCCCUUCACGUAGUACUAAAGGUUGUGGCACAGCUCACAGGCGGCCUCACCUCUAUCAGGUGGGUGAGAUACAUCUGGUUGGCGGAGUUAACAGACACACAUGCUAGUAGUCAUAAAGUGGAAAACUGCAGAGCUGACCUUCAGGUCCCAGUCAUUUUUGGCUUCCUGCUGGAGAGUCUGUUGACCUGCUCGUCUCGUCUUGUCUCACGAGCACUGGGUGAGGUCAAGCCCAAGUUUGCUGCCGCUAUGAAUUCCUUCUUCGCCACCUGUAUGGUCCUCGUGGCGUUCAACUACUCAGGUGGGUAUCUAAACCCAGUGCUGGCAACAAGCUUGAAGUGGAGCUGUCACGGCCACACCAACACUGAGCACAUCAUUGUGUACUGGGCAGGCUCCACUCUAGGUGCUAUGCUGGCUAUUAGACUCUGGAACCUGGUCACUGUCAAGAAUGUUCUUGUUGCAACCUUCACCUCCAAGGAUCGAUGAAAAAUGCUUCAUUCACCAAUGAUUAAUGCUUCAACGAUCAAUAAUCAAUGCUCCAAGGAUCAGUGCUAAUUGCUCCAUAAACAAUAUACAAUGAAGAUGAGCAUUAUAUGCUUAUGGUCGAAAACUUGUGAAGAAUUUUUCAUGGCUAAAGAAUUUUUGAAGAAUAAUUUUGUUCUAGGAAACACAGAAGCCUUUGGUGGAAAUACGAAGAGCAUCAGAACUAAUGUAUUACAAGAAAACCUCGUAACUGUUCUCAUCAAGUUCUGGAUGUAGUCUGCUGGGACUAGCCUGGUGAUGGUAGUUCCUCAAAAAAAAAAAUGUAUAUUACUGGUAUUGAGACAAGUGUAACAAUGGUACUGGUUCUGUCUAGGUACUUAAAACUUGAUAUUUCAGGGAUUAACGUAUUACAUUGUACAACUCGGAAUACUACGAAUGAGCAUUGCUCUUCCAUAAAUAGUGACUUGUAGUUUCUGCAUUGUAUUAUGUACGGUUACAUAGACGGGAUGGUUAAACUAGUUAUUUUUCCAACAUCGUUGAAUUUUCAUACUAAGAACUGUCAUCCUAGUUGCCCAAGGGUCAUAUAUCACAGAGUGAACAGAGGCAAUAGGUGUAGGAUUUUCCCUUACAUGUCUGCCCGUCCAAAAUUGAAUCCGGAUACUUUGGUUGUGCAUUUCCAGUACUACCAUUAAACUACAAUUAAUAUAAUCAAAACAAGCGCUAAACCUACAAGGCAUUAAACUACAAGCCUGGCACGUUUGAUAAAUUUUAGAUACCUGUUUGUUUUGUUGUAAUUAUCUCCACAGCAAUGCACAAUACUAAUAAAGGACCAUACAGAUCCUGGGGAAUGGUAGGUAAUCGAGUUUGAUUAUUACAAUCAACUAAGCGCUUAACCUACAAGGGAAUCAGGUUUGAUCCAGUGAAAUGAAUAUCCCCAAUUCCUUGGAUCAAGAAACCUCCACCCUUCCCUUGAAGGCUAGGUGUUUUGUAGUGAUUGGUGUUAUUACUGAGAUUGUAGUGAAUUUGCUGUUAUAAAAAUAACAGUAGAACCCUCACAUCCACUGAUUCGGUAUCUGCAGUUUACUGUGGCUGGGGGGCACUGACCCCCAAAACCCUCUCCAGGUAUAGAAGCCGUGAAAGUGAUAAUUCCCCACUCAUCAGUGAAAAAGUGAUAAUUCCUCGCUUAUUGUACAUAAUUUAUCAAACUUAAUAAUGGGUAAGUAUAGGACUUAUGUAUGUAUAUAGGGUUUGCUAGCCAGUGUUUCGGUAUCCACAGCAAGACCUUGGAACGCAUCCCCCAUGGAUACGGGGGUCCUACUGUAUUUUGUAUAUACAUCGUAGUCUUAAGCAAUUAUAAUUAUUAUAUUCACAACUGAGCGCUAAACCUAUAAGGAUCUAUUCCUAAGCAAAUACCAGAUGAGAUGCUAUUUACUAUUUCUGGUGGUAUACACUGUGACUACAUUUUGUUAAUAUGAUGUAAUAUUGCAACAACUAUUUUCAAUGUCAUAUUAUCAUAAGCUGUUACCGUAUAUAAUUGGCAUUUAUACUGUCUUUUAUCCAUUCAGGUGCUUCCCUAUAUAUUUCAGACGCAAUUUGUUAAAUAAAAUAAUGCCUGCAUUAAUUUACUGUAUUUCUAUUAAUGGCAGCCAUAACCUGCGGGGUGACAACGUUACAUAGUGAAGCAA